CCAAAAUCCAAGGAAAUAAACACACAUUUAUGAGACAAUAAAAGGCGUAUUUUUGUUUCUCCUUUUCCCUUUGGAUCCCAAAAGUUGGAUCUGCCAUUAUAAUCAAGAGAAAAAGAUCUGGUCUUGCAUCUUUCUGUCUCUCCCAGAUUCCUCUAGAUUCACUCAAGUCCCAUACUACUGAACAAGCCAUGUUUUUAUUGGAUUGGUUUUAUGGGGUUCUUGUAUCUUUGGGUUUAUGGCAAAAAGAGGCUAAGAUUCUGCUUUUGGGACUUGACAAUGCUGGCAAGACCACCCUUCUUCACAUGUUGAAAGAUGAGAGAUUAGUUCAACAUCAACCAACCCAGUACCCAACAUCUGAGGAACUGAGUAUAGGCAAAAUCAAGUUCAAAGCUUUCGAUUUGGGUGGUCACUAGAUCGCUUGCCGUGUCUGGAAAGAUUACUAUGCUAAGGUCUAGUGUUUUUCUUUUUCUUCUGAUUUAUUUUUGAGUAUAAUCUUCAUCUUCUCCAUGAUUUAUAUGUCUUUAUGUGAUUGAAUCUGCUUAUUGAUGCCUAUUGGUGGACUGGUGGGUGGCUAAUGAGAGCUAUGAAUUUCUCUAGUUUUUGUUCAUUCCUGUUCAAUGCAAAUGCCAUUAGAUGUUUUGCAAUAGUUAUCAAACAUAGAUAUUAUCUUCUCUAAACUGAGUGUUUUUUGUCUGCUUAUUGUAUUUGACUGGUAAGAACAAUGAUUUGGCUUCAAAGCUUAUCAAUGACAGAUUUAGAUUUGCUUCUUUUCUUUUCUCAGUUUUUGCUCAUCUUCGAGUUACUGACUCAAUUUUUAAAGAUUUUUUCCCUUUUAUUUCGGGAUUUUUGGUGUCAAUGCUCAUAAAUGAUGGAAAGUUUUAUUUGAUGCAUUAUAGGUGUGUAGCAUCUAUACACACCGAACCAAUCACACCUUUGUUAUUGUGUGAUUCACUGUAUAUAGCAUCUAACAGUGCAUCAAAUAUGAACCCUUGAUAGAGCUGGUUCAGUGUUUCCAAGCAAAACUUUGUUUUCUUAUCUACUUUGUUUUGCUUGAACCUUUUUCCAAGUAACAUACUUGGAUAUAUUUCGGUUUCUGCCUUCAUAAUCCCAGAUGAACUAUCCUUAUGUUUAACUGAUUCAUGGGAGGCAGAUAUCAACAAUGGAAGUUCGCUGAUAGCACCUUUUCUUUUAUUUCCUGGGAGGUGUUCUAUAGUAGCUUUCCAUACAUCAAUCUCAACUUUGGCAAAGUAGUUUAGAAGAGGAGCCAUCUCAAAAUUAUACUUCCAUUCAUGAUCAGCAUAGUAGAAACUAGUUUGCAUUAGCAUGCAUACCUCGUUGUAAUUUUUCCGAAGAAAAGAAAUUAUCCUUGGUUUUACACAAUGUUUUCUUAAAUCCUUCUCCAAUUUCAAGUUAAUCAUUGGACCUAGCAUUUGAUAACUCCUAAUAAUAAUGUAAUGACUAAGCUUCUGAUCAUCUUUUUUUGCUGAUUUCGCAACUCCUUUAGAAGGCAUUAU